AUGAAUGAGAAGUAAAAAUAUGCCUUUGAAUUGCUUAAAUUCACUACAUAUUAGCUUGAUAAAAGAGAUCCUUAACUCUAUUUAAAUACUUUGUUAGCAAAUAAACAUAUUCCUUACCAACUUUUAUAAGGAGAAGUCAACUUAUCUAAAAUAUAUUCUUUUGUUUAUUUGUGUGAUUUAGGCAGCUUUUUUAAAUAAUUUAGCAAUGGUUAAAUUUUCAAAUUUGUCUUUUGGCAAGGUUCUAAUAAAAUUAAUUUGAAAUAAGUGACAAAUGAAAUAGAUCUUUACUUUUAUUAGCCUUCUGCUUCAUUGUAUUUUUUAUUAUUAUCUUAGUCCAAUUAUUAUUUUACAAUAAUACGAUGAAGUUUAAUUAAUGUAUAAGAUUUUUGAAGAACAUUAAAUAUUCAUGACUCACAUUUCUAUAUAAUUAAUAUUAGAUGCAGUUUCUGGAAAAUUAUCAACAACUUCAGAAAAUUUAAAGUCUUAACCUUAUAAAUUUGAAUCAUUACAAAGUCUUGGGGGAGUUUUAUUCGCAGGAUAACCAAAUUGGCAAGAAAAAGUGGAAAAAUUUGCUAAAAUCUAAAACAUGUAAUUGUAUUUGAUUAUUUUAAGAGGGAACACUCUAGGAUUUUUGAUCAAUCCACAAGCUACAUUUGAAUUAGUAAAGAAAAGUUUGGAAGAAAGUUAAGAAUAAGAUGUUUAAUAAUAACAAAUGUAAGCUUAAGGUGCAAAUAAAACUUCUUUUGACCCUUUUGCUACACAAAUUCCAACAGAAAGUUAAGCCGUAAACAAUUUGAGAAAAACAAUUUCAUAUUGA